GUACCAAAUAUAUGGUAACUUUCUUUUUAUAGCGUAACUUAAAAAUGUAUGGGAAAUGAUGAAUAGAUUUAUUCUCAGAGAUGAGCAAAAUCAAACAACCCAAAAAAUAAAAAUAAAGGAGUGAAGAAGAAGAUUAGAAGAAUAAAGAAGAGGAAUGGUUGGAAUCCAGAAGGCCAUUUUAAGAGCAGGCUGUGGGGAAAUCAGCAACUCAGGAAGGAGCGAGACAACCGAGAUAUAGGCAGCGCACGCAAUGGCACUCUCUCCUCAGAAGACUCUGUGACCGUUGCUUCCUGCUCUUGAUGCUGGAACACCUGAUCUUUUGCAGUGUCGCAUGCAUGGGUGCUUGUCUGGGAUGUGUUAUUAAGCCCACAUCGCUCACCUCAGCAGAUGAGCCAUCAAAGGGACUGAGAAUUCAUGGUCGUAAAGUUAAAAAACCCAGCAUAUCAGAGGAUUUCUGGACCACCAGCGCAUGUGAAAUGGACAACAGUGCUGUUCAGUCACGGGGAAGUAUUUCAUCAAUUAGCACAUCAAACCAGACCCUUGAUUCCCACAGUGGCGGUGGCAUCACUAAAAUCCCUUCUGAAUUUGUAAAUCAUGGUUUUCUUCUAUGGAAUCAAACUAGGCAGCAUUGGGUCAGAAACAGGAGGACUGAUAACCAAGCACAACAGGUUCGAGAACCCAAAUUGAAUUCGAAUGCGACAUAUGACAGUUUGCUGGGGAGCAAUAAGCCAUUUCCGCAGCCAAUCCCACUCUCUGAAAUGGUUGAUUUUCUCGUCGAUGUCUGGGAGCAGGAGGGGAUGUACGAUUGAGGAAGCAUACGUAUUGGCUGUAGAAUAUGAAUUCCACCUUGUCUGUUGUGACAUUUUAUAGCAAAGGGGUGAUCAACCAUGGUGCGGCUUGUAAAUCAACUUUAUUAUCUUCAUCACAUGCCCAAGCUGGGUUUUCCACUCUGCACGUUUCUUACACAUGUUCUGCGCUGCAUUCAGUUUAAUUUAUAUGUUUUGUUGCCUCUGCUGCUCUUAGCAGUGGCUUUUGCAGAAAUCUCUAAAUUGCAUUUAGAACUGGUCUUGAAAAAGCUUUCAAAUCCAGACUGGUGAAAAUCUGCCAUGUGGGUAAUCCAUUUUUACCUCUUUUGAAUAAAUUGUUCUAAUUAAUAUAUGUAUAUAUUAGAGGAUCAUUUGGAAGCAUUAAUGCAGAAAUACUUUGUUUAUAA